GAUUUAGGCUCCAUAAUAAAUUUUUUUUGGGUUAUGUAGUGAUUUUUGAUUACGAUAUUUUUAUAUCCAAAUUAAAUAAAAUAUUAAUAAAAUCAAAGACAAUGAGCUCAUUGGUGCGACGAUUUGCACAGUUUAGCCUUAUACAACGGAACUUGUUACAAAAUUCACUUAAAGUGCUAGUGCCGGCAAGUAAUAGCGUACAUACCUCGGAUGCACUAAACUCCAAAUGGAAUAAGGCUAAUCAUGGACCCCGCAAAUGGCUAGAAUAUAAUAAGACCAUUCAUCCACCGCAAAAGCCUGAUGAGGAGCCACGAAAAGCGUACAUUUGUCAUUUGCGUACCAACAUUAAAUACAGUCCGGAUAAGAUGUGGUAUAUCGCUUCGUUUGUACGUGGCAUGUCGGUUGAUGAGGCUGUAAAGCAGCUGAGCUUCGUGCUGAAAAAGGGCGCCACACACGUCAAAGAAGUGAUACUUGAGGCACAGGAAAUGGCUGUGCGCCAGCAUAAUGUUGAAUAUAAAAGUAAUUUAUGGAUUGCUGAAUCUUUUGUGGGCAGAGGGCGUUAUUUUCGUGGCAUGCGACGUCAUGCGCGUGGACGUCAGGGCAUCGUACAGUAUAAACAUUGCCACUAUUUCGUACGACUAGAGGAAGGCGAACCACCAAAAGACUAUUACCUACCCGCACCACAAACACCCGAACAGCAAUUCGAAAAAUGGAUUGAACAAAUGCGCAGCCGCAAAGUUAUCAACUCUCUUUAAAAAGUUUAGGUUUAUCAAAUGUUGUUUAAGAGAUGCAAUACAGUGCGUUUAAUAUAAAAUAUUGAAAUUGAUAAAAAUUUAA